AUGGUAUUAUAUUUGGAACCAGUUGAUAGUACAACACCAUUAAUUAUUUAUUUAAGUGUAUAUACAGUUUAUGAAACAGAUUAUUCAUUUUCAAUUACAAAUCAAGGUAAUAGGUAUAGAUAUUCAUUGGGAUCAUUAUCAACACAACCUGGUACUUUAGCAUUGGUUAAUAGUGUACGUUUACGUUUGCCAACUAUUGAUUAUGAUUCAGCAGCUUUUACAACUAGCACUACAUUCACCGCAAUUUAUCCACAAUACGAUAUAAAUCCAUUAUGGCCAGUAUCUGCUCGUUUCAUUGAUUCAACUUCAUUUAACUAUUUAAAUAUUUUACAGCCACCAUUAAAUACUUUUAAACCAAAAUCAUUUCAAGUUGCAUUUAUUCUUUCAGUUGGUGGUGAUUUUAUUGAAAAUUAUUCAACAAUUUUAGAAUCAUCUUUACAAUUCCUUGGAACUAUUUUUGAUGAAAAUAAUAAUCCAAUUGAUUUAACUAUUAAUUUUAAAGAAAAAAAUUUAGAAUGUAAUAAUACAGAAUUUGAAAAAGUUUUGGGACUUAUUGAAAAAACAGAGACAACACUAUUUAAUGUUUCGGAUAUUGAUGAAUUAAAUAAUUAUAGAUAUAGUUUAGAUUCAUUGACUAUUAGUGAUGCAUGGAUAGGUUGUAGUAAUAAAGCAUUAUCAUUAUUACAUAUGGAAACUGUUGCAAAGAAUAUAUCAACAAAAUAUUGUUCACAUUUCGUCACUGAUCCAGAAUAUAAAACUGACCCAUGUUGUUCAGAAUUGGCUAGAUAUUAUCAAUGUUGUAAUCCAUCAAUUGUUUUAAAAAAUGUUACACAAUUCAUAUCGGUGAAUAAAAGUUUAGUAAGUGAACAAUGUUCAAGUCAAGAAUGUACCUCAUCAGUAUUAUCAGAUUAUGGUAGUUCGUUAACUGGUAUUGAUGAUUGUGCUGUGCCAUCAAUUGAACCUAAAAAAUUAGAAUUAACAUCAAUUACAGUUUUAAGAGAUUGCAAGAGUAAAUUAGUAUCACCAUUUUGUUCAAAUGAUACAGAUUGUAAUGGAUAUGGAAAUGGUGAAUGUAAUUUAUACUCAAGAACUUGUAUACCAGAUUUUGAUACAAUCGAUUUUGAAUAUGUAAAAUGUGUACUAUUACACUUAUCACCUGGUACAUUAUUCUCAUUGUUAGAAGGUUCAACAACAGUAAAUGAUGAUGUUGUAACUAAAGUUUUCAAUAACCAUAUAAGAGAGGAUUGUAUUGGUCAUAAUUAUAUUAAAGAUCGUUCAACAUUUAUUUGGUCACCAGGAUUCCAAGUAGAUGAUUGUUAUGCAGUUCAACAUCAAGAAUGUAUUGAUGAAUCAUGUAUUACCUAUCAUGAUACUUGUAUUGAGUCAAUUUAUGCACAUUGGGAUUUUAGAUUAGUUUCUCAUGUUGAUAAUUGUACUGAUUGGGGUAUUUGUCCAUACUUGUCUUGCAAAGAUAAUACAUAUACUGAAAAUGGCAUUGAAGAGUCAUGUGAAGAUGCUUGUGUUUUAAAAGAUUUUUGUGGUGUUUGUACAAAUGAAGAUACUCAAUGUCAUGUAGCUACUGAAUUUACAGAUCAAACAUCAUGUCAAACUCAAAAUCAAAUUUGUCUUUUACCAAAUGGUGAAUAUGAUUUAACAGCAACAAGCGAAAGUAAUUGUAAUUCUAAAGGUAAAUGUUCAGUACCAUGUGGUUAUGAAUGCUCUUCAAGUUUAGCAAAUAAUCAAGAUGAUUAUUGUGCAAUUUUACAAACCGGAAUGAAUAGCACAAAUUGUGCAGCAUUAGAUAAUCCUGUAGGUACAACUGAAUGGUCAACCGAAGCAAAUGUUUGUAUAUUAAAAUCUGCAACGGAUGAACAACAAUGUACUGCCACUGGUACAAAUUAUACAUGGAUAGAUUGUUCAACAAAACUUGAAGGUGAAUGUUCUGGACCAUUAAAUAAUGUAAAACUUUGUUCACUAAAACCAAUUGAAUGUCAAACUGAACAAGAAUGUUUAACAGCAGCAGGUACUUGUUCCGAUGACUUUUACUUUAGUUCUCUUGCAAAUAAUCAUUAUCCUGUUGGAUUGGGUAGAUGUGUGUUCCCACAUGAUAAUUAUCAAUAUUUAAUUUCAUGUAAGGAGUCUGAACAACAAGAUUCACCAAAUGGUUGCUACUCUAUUAAUCCAAUGGUUUUAACUCAAAUCGAUUGUGAAGAUGAUGGUGGUGUAUGGUGGACACCAGCAAGAAAUCAAAGUUCAUGUACAUUACAAAUGGGUUGUAAAAUUUUAGAAUCAUAUGAAACCAAUUUACCAUACAACUUCCAUUUUAAUGAAAUGAACCAAGAAACAUGUGAAGCAUGUAUAGAUUCAUUCAAUAAAUGGACAAAUAAAUUCCAAUGGGAAGCAGCCACAUGGUUACCAGGUGUUUAUAAACCAAUUGUUUGGAAUACUGCAAAAUCAUUCAUUCCAAAUGAAAAUAGAGAUGUAUUCAAUUAUCAACUAUUCUACAAGAGUGUUACAAAAGCAGCAAAAGCUCAAGUUGCAGAUUUAUUCCGUUCAGAAGCAUAUUGUCGUAUGGAAAGAUUACAAUCAAAUUUGAACUCAAUUACAUGUAGUUGUUCAGGUAAAGGUGGCUCACAAUGUUUCACUGCAUCAACACCAUUAUUAGGUCAAACUAAACCAUGCGCAGGUGUAAAUUCAUCAUUUUCAUUCGAUUAUGGUAAAAUUGAAUUUUCAAAUGAUUCAAUCUCUCAAAGUUGUCAAUCUUUAUCAAUUUCACAAAUUUCAAGAGAAAUCUAUACAUCAGCACAAAAAGAAUCAUUAGCAUCAAAUUUCGUAUCCUAUAAGAAAGCUGAUAAAUAUGGUGUUAAAAACUCUAAUGAUGCAAUCAUUGGUACAUUAUUAGGAGAUGGUAUUAUGAUUAAAUCACAAGAUGGUAUAAAUGAAGCAACCAUUUGUUUAACAAUAUCUGGAACAAAUAAUUCAAAAUAUCCAAUUUAUGAUUUUGCAAUUCAAAUAAAUGAUGGUAGUUAUGAUAUUGAAUCAAAAACACCAAAUCCAAUUCAAUCAAGUAAAGUUUUCACUCAAAUUUCAGAGGAUAGUGUAACUGCAGGUAAAGAUGAAGUUUUAAUGUUAUGUUCAAUUGUUACCAUUGAAGGUGGUAAUCCAAUUUAUUUCCCAAUUAAUCGUAUGGAUGAAUGGGAGGAUGAAAGAAAACAAGCAUUCGACUCGACAUCAAAGGCAUUAAUGUAUACAUUGGCCACCUUCUUUUUGGUUGUCGCGUUGUGGGGUGGAUUUGAACUAUGUUUAAUCGCAAUUGCAAGAUAUAAACAAAGAAAUAUAUCAAUUAAAAGAAAAUUCCAAUUAACUCAUCUUUUAAUUGGUGUCGUAACACUAUUUAUCACAAUUAGAGCCAUUUAUUUCUUUAUUAUGCCAAGUGGUAAUUUAUCCGAUAGUCCAAUCAUUGAUUACAUUCUUGUGGUAUUACCAACAUUUAUUUACUUUACAGCAUUUAAUAUUCUUUUAGUACUUUGGUAUGUCAUUGUUUUCCUGGUAUUGAAAAAGAAUAAAUCUGCUGAUAAUCUAACAAACAGAUUAUUUACAAUUGUAUUUGUAAUCAAUGCAUUCCUCUACCUAUUAUUCAUUGCAAUUGUAUUGGUUUUCCAAUAUACCAAAUCAAAUCCAACCAAUGAUUGUGGUUCACGUAUUAUAAUUCCAAUUGAAAGUUCAACACCACAACGUGUAGUUAGUAUUGUUUAUGCGGUGAUUCAAGCAUUAAUUUCAUUAAUUAUGGGUGCAGCAUUCAUUUACUUGGGUGGCCGUUUAUUCAUUGUUAUGCGUUCAACCAAUAUUAAAGUGGGCUCAAAAUCAAAUCAUCAAAGAAAAAUUUUCAUACUUUCAUUCGUUUGCUCAAUUGGGUUUUUAUUACAUUGUGCUUUUGUUUUGAUUUUAGUAGCAGGAAAUGUAAAUUCAAUGGUAUUCAGUUUCAUUGGUUUAAUAAUCACUGAAAUUAUUCCAGCAUGUAGUAUUUUAUUCUGCUUUGACCAACGUGCUAAAAAUAAUGUUGCUGACACCGCAAGUGGAACAACUAGGGGUAGCAGUAGAGGUGGCUCAAAGAGAGAAAAAGGAACGAGAUUAUCGACAAUGGUUAGCGAUUCUCGUCAAAAUUCAAUUAAUACUAAUUCCAAUUCACCAUCCGAGUAUUCAAAUAAUGAUUUCGAAUCACCCAAUAAUUCAUCAGUCAACACUCCAACCAGUAAUGAUGAUUGA